AUGUUGCGUUUUGUAACUCUAUUCGCUUGGGUCAGUUGUGCUUUGGCCGGUACACUACUCGAUGAAUUGGAAGGCCGCAUAGUUAAUGGCGUGGACACCACCAUUCAGGCUCAUCCUUAUCAGGUUUCAUUACAAACCAAUGCGGGUGGCCACUUCUGUGGUGGUUCUAUAAUCAGUGAAGAUAUUGUGGUAACUGCGGCUCAUUGUAUGCAAAAAUACAAAGCCAAUGAAUUUAAAGUACGUUUGGGUUCUACUGAAUACAAUAAAGGUGGUGAAUUGGUGGCUGUUAAAGCUUUCCGCAAUCAUGAAGGUUAUAAUCCCAAAACCAAGGAAUAUGAUGUUUCCGUUAUUAAACUAGCCACUCCGGUACGUGAAUCCUCUAAAAUACGUUAUGUAAAAUUAGCUAGCAAGGCCCCGGCUACCGGUACUACAGCUGUUGUUACCGGUUGGGGUUCUAAAUGUUUCCUAUUGUGCGUUACGGCUCCCAAGAUAUUGCAGGAAGUAGAAGUUGAUAUUGUGGAUGAGAAAGCCUGCGCUUCGAAACAAUAUAAAUAUGGUGAUCAAAUCAAGAAAACUAUGUUAUGUGCUUAUGCUUUAAAGAAAGACGCUUGUCAAGGUGAUUCUGGUGGCCCUUUGGUGGCUAACAAUGAAUUGGUUGGUAUUGUUUCGUGGGGAAAUGGUUGUGGUCGUGCUGGUUAUCCCGGUGUUUAUUGUGAUGUGGCUUCAGUACGCAGCUGGAUUGAGAAGACUUCUAAGGAAUUGUAAUAUUCUUAAUAACUUAAAUUUCUUAAUUAAUAUACGUUUUAGAAUUUCCAGUUUAUUUUUGAGAUAAGACUAGUUGCUUCUUUUACUAAAUAUAAAUAUUAUACAUGUCUUGU